AUGUCUACAGUCAAAACCCUUAUUGUUGUGGAUGUCAAACAAGGUUGGCCUAUGUUUCAACUUGAUGUCAACAAUGCAUUUUUGCAUGGUGAUCUUGAUGAGGAAGUUUUUAUGAAACUCCCUCCUUCUGUUGGGACUUCUUCUUCUUCUGUUCCUUUAGUUUGCAGGCUUAGAAAAUCUCUAUAUGGGCUUAGACAGGCUUCCAAGCAGUGGUAUGCCAAGCUAUCUCAAGCCUUGCAUUCUAGGGGAUAUACACAUUCUCUCAAUGAUUACUCUUUAUUCACUAGGGGUUCUGGGAAGUCUAUGGUCAUUUUGAUUGUCUAUGUGGAUGAUAUUAUAUUAACUGGAACUGAUGAGUUUGAAAUUGCUUCUCUCAAGGAGUUCUUGAAUCUUCAGUUUAAAAUCAAAGACCUUGGCUCUCUUAAUUACUUUCUUGGGAUUGAAGUACUUCACACACCUUCUGGGGUACUUUUGCAUCAGAAAAAAUUUAUCCAUGAUCUUUUAGCUAAUUUUAACUCCUCUGAUUGCUCUCCUGUCACUUGUCACCCUGAGUUAAAUGUGAAGUUAAAGGCUAGAGAGGGGGAUCCUCUCCCCAAUCCUGAGACUUAUAGAAGCUUCAUUGGUAAGCUCAAUUUUCUCACUCACACCAGACCUGACUUAAGUUUUGCUGUGCAACAUCUCAGUCAGUUCAUACAGCAGCCCUGCUUUCCUCACAUGAAGGUAGCCUUGCACCUAUUGAGGUAUCUGAAAGGGACUUCUGAUUUUGGGCUAUUCUUCUCCAAUUCUCCUGAUCUUUCUUUGCAAGCUUAUUGUGCUAGUGAUUGGGGAUCUUGCCUUGAUAGCAGAAGAUCUAUUUCUGGCUUUUAUAUUUUUCUUGGUGGUAGUCUCAUUGGAUGGAAAUCUAAGAAACAAGUAGUGGUCUCACUUUCUUCAGUUGAGGCUGAGUAUCGAUCUAUGAGCAAAGUCAUGGCUGGUAUUACUUGGGUUUGUAGGCUUUUAUCUAAUUUUUGGGUGUCUUCUGCUUCUCCUGUUCCUCUAUAUUGUGACAGCAUAUCUGCCAUUCAUAUUGCUCGUAAUCCUAUUUUUCAUGAGCGGACCAAAUACAUUGAGUUGGAUUGCCACUUUGUUCGUUCCAAGCUCACUGAAGGUCUCAUUAGUUUGUCUCACACUUCCAGUACUUCUCAGCUCGCAGAUGUCUUCACCAAACCUUUGUGUGGGCCUUCUCAUCAUCUACACAUUCGCAAGUUGGGAGUUCUCUCACCCUCCAACUUGAGGGGGGCUGUUGAGAUAGGCUGA